AUGCUCAACGGCAACCUCAGGCGACCACAACGCUACAUCACCUCCCACAACAAUGAGGGCCAAGCUAUCAUUGACACGACAAUCGAGCCAGCCGCCCCCUUCUAUGAGCUCCCGGACAAGGUCGCCCAAUUCGCACUGGGCUAUGUCACCAAAGAGUUCCCAGCAAGACUUACCGAUGAGGCCGACGUGAAGUCUUAUCAGGAGUUUCUCGCCAGUCCACCAGGACUGACUGUCUCAACGGGCAGCGUCCUGCGUUACGUGGACAUGCCCCCUGGAAAGUUGUCCCCUAUGCACCGUACCAUCAGUCUGGACUAUGGCGUUGUUCUGGAAGGCGAGGUGGAACUUGUUCUGGAUUCAGGAGAAACCAGGGUCUUGAAGAGGGGCGAUGUUGCUGUGCAAAGGGCCACUAUGCAUGCGUGGAGGAACACUAGUGAUACGGAGUGGGCUCGAAUGCUUUAUGUUCUCCUUCCCUCGACAGCACCAAACGUGGGAGAGAAGCAGCUAGGAGAAGAAUAUGGUGAUAUGCAGGGAGUCAAGGCAUCGGAAUAG